CAAAUGUUUACCUCCUAUCUUUUUCAAAAUCCAAUCAAUCUUGGAUUUCUUUUUCUUAUCGUUUUCCAAAAAUUCAUGCCAAACCUAACUAACCCAACCGUCCCUUUCUCCUCUCUCCCUCUUUAAAAAAAAAAAAAAAAAAAAAAAAACCCUAAAAACACACACUCUCUCUCUCACUCCUUUUCAUUUCCCCUGUAAUUUCAAAUUCCAAAUGGAAAACCUCUUCCUAUUCUUCCCAAUGUUCUUCACGAUCUAUCUCAUCGGCUAUUUCAUCGUUUUCCGGAACUGGAGCCCCAAGAUCCGACCCGAAGCCGCCAGCUGCUUUAUCUCCUUUGCUCACGGCACACCGGCGGUUUUCUUAGCCACCUCCGCCAUACUCGCCGACUCGAACCGCGGCUUCGCCGCGCCGAACACCGAGCCCGAGAACUCAGUCCUCGACUUCAGCAUUUCCUACUUCACCAUGGACCUCUUCCACUACCUCGCCUUCUGCCCCGGCGACCUCCUCUUCAUCGGCCACCACCUCGCCACGCUCUUCGUCUUCGUCACGUGCCGGUACCUCGUGUCCCACGGCGCGUGCGCCAUCCUCGCGCUGCUCGUCCUCGCGGAGCUGACCAGCGCGUGCCAGAACGCGUGGACGCUGGCCAGGGCGAGGAGGGACGACGUCGUUCUCGCCGCGAAACUAGACUAGCUUUUGUUUUAAAUUAUGAGCACUGAAGAUUACCUCAAAGACAUGGCUGCUGCAGCCAAAGAGAUUCCGGUGACAGAGUUGAAGUUUGGGAGGUGGGAGAUUACAAAAUGAACUGAAGCAAAUAUCAUGAUAAAGUAGGUGGUUUUGAUUGAUUUGCAGUUUUUUUUGCAAGCUAAAUCAUGAAUAUUCUUCAGUGAUGUUCCUCCUGUGACCAUAUACAAAAUGUCCACACCUACUUCGCAAAUGAGCUGUUGAGGUACCACAAUCCACAGACCGAGCUUUUCACCAAAGGCUUGUUGACCUAACUCAUGGUACCUAUCAAACCGUUUUCCAGGAACCAUUUCAUGCAUCUCAAUCAUUUGCCACAGAGUGUAUAAAGUGAUUACCCAUGAGAGUAUCAUAAUGGCUACUCCAGGACCCCUGAAAUUGAAGAUGAAAAGGUAGUGGAAUGAUCAAGAGCUUGCUUUCAGAGCAAAGAAACUAGUACUCUAAUGGUCUUUUUUUUUUUUUUUUGAGAAACUAGUACUCUAAUAGUCUGAAUUGCAAGUAUCCUCAGCAGAAAUGCUACCUUUGUUAAUUAAUUUCAAACACUGUCAAAAAUGGUUGCGUAAUUAAACAAGAUUUUCUCUUGCAAGUAGUUCAUGAAA